GAUCUUGCGCCUCCCGACGGUGACGCCCUCCCAGAAUGGAUGUCCGAUGCCAUGCAAUACUUCACGCUCGUCGAAGGCGGUGAGGGGUGGAAGCGCUUGAUUGGACUAUGGCUGGAGUUCGAGAAGGCCAACUAUCUACAGGACAGCAGCAAUCGUCUCCCUACCAAGCACCGCCCCGACGAGGUCAGGAUAUGGAUGAAGAAUCAUUGCCUCUACGAGAAGCUGCCGAAGAUCAAGUCGCCUUCGCAGUUCUCUGUGGCCUGGAGGAAGUGGUGGAUAUCCUUGCAGCCCUCCUCUCGCACCAAAGGCGACGUGACGCUGUGGCCACUGCCCCAGAACGAGCCCGUCGAUGCGACGGAGUGGGGAUCGGUUGCAAGAGGCGGCUGCAACGGGUUCUUCCUCGUUGUCCUCACCCUCGCGUGGUGGAUGUGGGCGGCCCUCAACGAGAAUACGAGCACAUCUACUAUCGUGGAGGCUCUGGAGGAUGUCAGCUGGGUAUGCGAGGUCAUCACUCGCUAUGUCCACGAAGGCCGUCGUCAGGCUGGCACUGGGAUUGCGGACAACGGCGACUCUGAGCGACCGAAUAAGCGAGCUCGCGUCGAUUAG